CUUUAGGGAAAUUGCGGGUAGGCGUAAAAAUGGCGACUUCCCUUUUUCGCUGAAAUUUCAUCGAAUAUUUUACCUGAAAGCUGCUCAAUGGUUCAUCAAAUCAAAAUAACAAUUGAACUGGUGGAAAGUAUAGGAUCUAUGCCAUGUUUCGUAGGAGCCAUGACGGCAGGCGUUGUUUGGUUCUCGAGAAGUUCACUUGUAAACAUACUCCGGUACUAAUUUGAGCGUUUGAUAUAGCAUAGGCACUGAAGUGCAGAAUUGAUUUUGAAUGCAGAGUGAAGUGUACAGGUAUUGCACCUUGGAGUUGUAAUUCGGCUGACGUCUUGAGUGUUGCGUACUUCUUUUGUUCUUCAACACAUCAUGGCAUCCUCACUGAAGAGAUCAUUCAAGGAUAGGGCCAAGGAAAAGCUGGGAUUCGGCUCAAAAACUAAGGCCCAGUCUGUGGACACGGCUGGCCUUGGGAUAAUGAACCCACUCUCUUGGGAUAACCUGUCAUCAGAUAUAAAGGAGAAGCUGCGUGGUGAAUCUAUCUCAGCCAAACCAGACUCACUCCCGGUAACCGACCUCAGUCCCAGGUCGUCCCGGAUGGAACUCAAGCGCAGCGACUCACAAGAUUCGAACGAUGGCUUGGCAGGGAAUAACACUGAGAAUAACAAGAAAGCUCGAGUCAUCAUUAAACCCAAGGGAACCAUGGAUUAUAGGGUCAAGAACAGCGACACUCUGCCGAAGAUAGCAGCCCAGUUUGACACGACUCCGUCAGAACUCUGCAACCUCAACAGAUUAUCAACACGCUUCAUUUUCCCAGGACAGACACUGUUUGUGCCAGACUUGGACUAUUACUCGAGCGCCAGUGAUGACGCACCAGCAAGUCCGCUCGCCUCUUCUCCUCCUAAGCACAAACCUCCUGACAUUCCGUGCAUAAUGCAGGUUGGUAGCCCGGUGAAGAGUCCCCCAAGAGGUCCUGGCCUGGCUGAGCGAGUCUCGUCACCGAUCAAGGUUCAGGACAUGAGCCCACCACAACCGCUCUCCGAGGAGGAGGCACAGAAGCUCGACCGCGAAUGUUAUGAACGGUUUAUCAAGCUCAAUGUGAAACACAUUACGGAUGGCCAGGUGCCAUUGAGAUAUUCGCAGGUCCAAUACGGCUCGAUUGACCAAGUUCUCGAGAAGGGUGUGGUCAGCGGCGUUCUUCUCGUGACACCUAACGCAAUCAUGUUUGACCCGAACGUCUCGGACCCGCUGGUGAUCGAGCACGGUGCUGAUGCCUAUGGGAUGAUAGCGACCAUGGACACCGUCAUCAGUGUGGCAAUGUAUCAUGACAUUGCUGCCAUGAAACUCAAAGGAGGAAAUAAGGAUGUGGCCGAGCACGCCCAGCUACACAAACCAGAAGUUUAUCAUUCCAAGACAUGCCCACUGGCACAACACAGCAGGAAACGCCAGGAGAGUCAGACAAAUGACGCUAAACCAAGUGAGAACGUGACAUCUGAGAAUAACAAUAAAAAAGCCAGUGUUGAUUCAGAAGUGUUGGAGGAUUCGGACGGUAAACGUGUUCAGACUAGUCAUGAUGCGUCAUCUGUGCUUCAGGCAGAAAGAGGCUCAACAACGGACCAAUCAGGUUUUUCUUGCCAAAUAGACAAAGUGGGCGCGGUUGCUGACCCUGCUCAAGGUGGCGUUGCUAGUGCAAUAAUGGAUGACCCGUCUGAGAGGCGGGACGGUGCUAUGAAACUAUUGGAUCCGGACGAAGGCAAGUUGGCACAUGUUCGAUUCCGUGACACAACAGAGGAUAUUAACGCGUGUUUGGAGCCUACUGGGGACGAGGUAAAGGUUGGGAGUGUGGAGAGUGGGAUCGCCGAGAUGGAAGAAGAGGACAAGGAUAAGUCUGAGUCAUCCCCACCACCGCUGACCCCACAUAUGCAGAUUGGUAAUAUCAUGUAUUUCCAGUACGGAUCGGUGGACGCUGAGGGUGGUGAGGGGGCUGAAGGGGCCAGUGAAGGUGGUGCUGGGGCCCUUGAAGGGGGUGCUGGGGCUAGUGAAGGGAGAGUCAACACUCAAGAGAAGAUGAUUCCGAUCAAACCAUUCCCACAGGAAGCAGAUGAGACAGCAGCAGACGCAUCUGAGACGUCUGCUCGCACUGACGACACGGAACAAGCCGACGAAGUCACCAAACUCAAACGGUCCGACCCGAUUCCCGCACCACUGAAAAAACCCACGGGAAAUUUAGGCAAGGGUUCGUUCAGCCCGCUGAAUUUCUCUCCAAACUUUAGCAGCUUUGUUGACUUCUCAAGUGGAUUGUUCUCAACGAGUAAGGAUGAUCGAGCACGCGUGAAGGACAUUGCAGAGUCGUCGAUGGUUGCUCCAUCACCCGAGAUGACAUCGUCAAUGGAGGGGAGUCUCGAACACACUCAGGUUACGCAAACAGAAGAUGGCACGGAGCUGGUCACUCUCAGGAGGAGCAGUAUGCCUGGUUUUCUCUUCGUCGAUAUGAGCGAUCGUGCUCCUGGUCGUAUUGUCAUUGAAUGGAAUCGUAACAGCACCUGGUACACCAAGCCUUUUCAGAUCAUUUCCGACACCGUUAGUAACUCAAUGACGACCAGCAAACCAGACGAGCUCUCAGCCGCGGGCAAGGGGGAGAAAGCGGUCAUUGAACUGGAGGUGGAGAGUGCUGUCAGGUUGGAGGACAAGCCUGAAUUGUUCCAGUCAAUUGAUGUUAAUUCUUGUACUUGUUUGUAUUCUCGUGAUUCAAAACUCAUUCCGCGCCCAGCCAAGCAGUUUGAGGACCCGCCACUCUACCUGUGUCUGAAGGUGGGCAUCCCCUUGAAAGGGCGACAGUCGGGCACAUGCCCGAUCGAGGCCUACAGCCGUAAGAGGAAGAAGCCUGAAUAUUGGUUCUCCAUUCCAAGAGAAAAGGUCGACCAUCUUUAUGCCUUCUUCAUCCAAUGGUCGCCAAAUCUCUACGGAGGAGACGAAAUCGACCCGAAGGAGCGAGGAUUCGUGAUUAUCGAGGAUGAUGAUGAGGUCGAGGAGGAUAUGCAUGUCGAUUUCGUGAAGGGACGGAUUACGCGGAGUAUGUCCAAGGACUGGGAGAUCGUGCAUGUUGAUGAGGCGCGACGCCGGCUCUCAAUCCUGGAGGUGGAGGACUCACUCCCACUGCCAGAGCUCGUGGGGAACACGGUCAUCUUGUCCGAGGAACAUGUCAUCGCGAUUACGAAGCACCUGCCGGCACGAGCGGAGGGCUACCCCUGGACGCUGAUAUACAGCUCGGAUCAGAAUGGCUUCAGUUUAAAGACGCUUUACCGGGCGAUGUAUGACUAUGAGACGCCAGUCUUACUCGUCAUCAAGGAUACAUGCAAUAGCGUGUUCGGAGCCCUGACGUCGUGUGCUCUCAAGUGGAGUGAUCAUUUCUACGGCACGGGCGAGACCUUCCUCUACACAUUCUACCCAGAGUUCAAGGUGUUUAAUUGGUCCGGGGAGAACAACUUCUUCAUCAAAGGAAACAAGGAGAGUUUGGCCAUCGGCGCUGGACAAGGUUCGUUCGGCAUCUGGCUCGACGGCGACCUAUACCAUGGCCGCACGCAGCGAUGUGAUACUUUCAAUAACGAACCACUAUCUGUGCAGGAGGACUUCAUCGUGAAGGGGUUUGAGGCUUGGGGAUUCGUAUGAAGCCUCGAUUGCCUCGAUAUUAGGCACUGGACGAUUUGUAAAGACUGGUUGGACAAGAUGGCGUCUGUUUGUAUCGAUGAACGGCCGAUUCAUUGUGUAAGAAGGCUGUCAAAAAACACUUUCAGUCCAUUUUGUUGCUGUGAAGAAAAUGACACUGUGUCUAGGGAAGGAGUCCCUGCUUGUAAUCAGAUUUGUAUUUUCUGGUCAGAUUCAGAGAAUUGAUGGCUUUCCAGAUGAGCACCUCUUGUGGUGAGACGGCCACACCCCUGAUCGGAAGGUGACAAAACUUUUCAUAUAGGAGAGGAGGCUCCUGCCUCGUGUCAUGCAGCGUUUUGUGAUGAAUGUUUGAUCGCUACAUGUCAGUGUUUAGUGCCAUCGUGAUCCACGAGAUCCACUGGCAUUACGGCCCGUUACUUAAUGGAAGGCCCCACGAUUCACAGUAUGUGCUGCUACAUCCUGUAGUGACAACCAUGCGAAAAGAAACCAGCGACAAGAUAUUGAUUGUUUCUGGGUACAGAACUUUGUUUCAAUAUAAUAAGAUGUGGCACACGUUCAUACACACAAUACAGUCAACGUAACACGUGAUGGUCAGAUAUCAAUUCUAAAAUGUCGGCGAACAGUUCAAAUAACUUGUGAUGUCAUUUUUCAGACAACGUGUCCAUAUUUUCAGUGGCCAUAUUAGUUGUCCGUUGUUACUAUGGUGAUCGGUUUGGUGUAACAUAAGACUGGGUAUAUGUAAAAAGAGAACUUAGUGGAUGUAAACAUUGCAUGUAAAUAUUGUUGAAUUGCGACUUUAUACAACUGUCAUGUCAACAGAAACCAACAGAGAGAAGUAAAUCCUUGAGUGAAUCUGAUUGGUUGGCAGCUGCUCCUGUUCUUCAGUAUCUGUGCCUUGUUUAUUUGGGUCUUCAUUUGUGAAAACUCAGUAGAUCAUGGCGAAUCAGUUUUCUCAACACUAUUUUCCCGCCCUUGACCUUUGAUCUGAGCUAAGUAUUGAAAAACUGAUUCACUUGGGUGACUUUGUAUCCAACCAUGGCAGAUAUGACCUGGAAUGAUGUACUUUAUAUGCAAACCUUCAUGUUGUGGGCAGUAUCUGUGGAUCAUAUGUAACUAUUAAGAAGCUUGCACCUACGCUGCCACAGACAGUGCACUCAGCUAAUAUGCAUGGGGACCAGGUGCACUCUGUCCCGCUAAUAUGCAUGGGGACCAGGUGCUUUUCUCCUCUUAGCAGGACCUUGGGAUUGACAGUGUGCAUUCUGACAGUGUGCAUAGUCCCAGUUUGGUUUAGCCAUAUUCUAGCUGAUGUUUUCACUUAAAGGGGACCAGGGCUAAACGUUUCCAAAGCAGCUGUUUGUUUUCAGUAGACACUCAACUUGUAAAUAAAAAGAAUGUUGUGUGUAGUUGAGACCUGCCUGUUCACUCUGUGUUGUGGAUAAUAGAAGAUCAGUCUAGGUCUGGUAUCAGUUUGGGAGGUAGAUUGGUAAAUCUAGAAGUAUGGUCAGUCUUGCCUGACUAUGAGAUGCCCCGAAAUGUCAAGUCUGUUUUACAGAUGAGACUGGAAAGCACUGAUUUGUUGUUAUGCAAAUGGGCGUCUCUCGACCAAUCACAAAUCAGAUGUCCAAUCCCAUAAUAGUCGGGCAGUACCAAUAAUCUGAUUAGCCCUCUGGUGGAGCGAUUUGGAACCAAUCUACCUGGCAGGCUGAGACCAGCAAAUGAGUAACUGCAGUCUCUUAGUUAGACAUAUAUUCCAAUUUGUAAAUGAACAAAACCGUUUUUAUGUAGAACUGAAGGUAUACUCUGAGACUACAUAGUGUAGACUAGUCCCUCCCAGAUGGAUGUGUGCUCAAUAUACUGUACAUUACAUGGACAUAGUUAAUUGAUUUGGUACAUUUAGUGAAGUUGGCUUCACAGGCCUUGGUGAAUAUCUCUUGUACAUUUUGAAUGGUUUUAUGUACAUUUGUGUGCUGUGUUUAUGUCAGAAUAGGGUGACAUAGAGUAAAAUCAGAUGGACCAUUCCUAUUUCAAGGGAUAACAGGUUUUUGUUGGACUGUUUUUUGGACGGUUCAUUCCUAUUUCAGGGGAUGACUGGUGUUUGACGGACUGUUCCAAUCCUUUUUCAGGGGAUGACAGGCGUUUGUAAAUGGUUGUAGGUUGGUGUUUCAGAGACUAGCCUUGCAAUUUUUGGAUGUUUUCGUAGUUUUAUGAACUAUGUGGUACAAUGUAGACUCAGAAUCAGGGAUUUUUUCGUCUUGGGAUUCGACUGUCUAAUCUCGAAGUUAUCAUUCUGUGUGAUGAAUAUGGAAUCCAGAUUUUUAUGCAGUUUUUACGUCAUGAAAAGUGACGGAUUGUAAAGUUGUGUCACUGGUCGUAGUAUUGUGUUAGUAUAGCACAGAGUGGUGGUAGGUUAAUACUUGUUACCAUGGUUACUCUGCUUGUACUCUUACUCAAGAUGUCAUCUCCAAUGACGACAGUAUUUAGUACAAGGUAAACAUUCCUUGUCAAAGGCAACUAGUCAUUCAUACCCAGAUCAAUGGCUCGACAGAGCGGUACAUCUGCUGAAAGUCCACCAUCGCCUCACCUCGUGUUGGGAUACUUGCCAAUAUGCCCCCUUUAAAUGCAAAUUGAGUUGAGAAAUAGAAACGCAUUUCGAAGAUGAAAAAUUAGAAAAUAAUUUUUGGAAAUCUGUUUCUACUGAUCUGUUUACACAGGUGAAAAAUACUUGAAAACAGAUGUACAUAUCAAGGGGUCAACUUUCUGUGCCAAGAUUUUGUUAUUUUUCUGUGCCAUGAACUGAGUUAUUUUCAGAGUUAUAGUGGGUGAGGUUGUAAGGUCGACAUGUGGUACUUAUAGCUUUGCUUUUGCUUCUUGGUUUAUUAUAUUCGUAGGAGGCGUGAGGAUCACAUGAGAACAAUAUACUCAAUAAUCUCAAGAAGUUGAUGGUCAUAUUGUGCAAAUAACAGCCUGACUAUACAGGGUGGCCCAAAACAAUAGACAAACAUACCUUGGAUGAGCCACCCUAAAGAGUUUCUAUGGGCCCCCCCCCCCCUGUCUUAAAUUACUGGCCACCCUUCCUUGUGUUGCACACUGGCAAAACUUCUAGAAUAUCAAGGCAACCACCCUACCUUGAGAAAUCUUGUGGAGAACGAUGCUUUCUGAUAAAACCAUGAUUAUGCAUGAUAAAACCUGGCCGCAUGAAUCAGUGUGUUGACCAGUUACAGGUCACAGGAAGUAGACAAUAGACUUGCUUGUUGCUGGUGAAUUGAGAAGCAUGAGCGCUUUUCAACCUUCUAAAAUCUGUUCGACAAAGGAUUUUGGCAAGUCAGUUGUCUAUUCCGGUGUACUUUCUAAUUUGAACCACACUGAUAGUGUGGGGAAGUUCAUCCCCCAAAAACAAGUUCCUGGCCGGUUGUUGAUGAAAAAACCAGUCGUGUGAUGUGAAAUAAGGUAUGCAUUUAAAAAGAUGGUGUUGUGUGUUCGUUGUGAGACCUGGCAUGAACCAGGUUAUUAGGAUCAUUGUAUAAACAUGUUUAAAUAAAUAACAAUCUUUACGUA